AUGUCAUCAUCGUCGCAAAGCCGGGUCGACGAGAUUACCAUCGCCUCGAAUGAGUAUCAUGUCUCGUCGUCCUUCUCGGCCGAGGCUGGAGACCGCCGCAAGUCGCAGUGUGUCAACCUCAAUUCCAACACAGAGGCAAAAAUCAAGAACCCACUCGUCGGCAUCCCCCGACGAACUCUGCUGGCCGACGUGGACGAAUUCUGCCGCACUAAGAACCUGGAGGACCAUCGCGACAUCAUCCGCAAGGGCGCGCUGGUGGCACAGGAUCCCACUGGCUACGAGGACAUCACCGGCGCUGAGGCUCUGAGCCCGGGCGAGAUCGAGGCCCUCCGGAACGAGGUUCUGCACAAGUGGCGAGUUCCCUGGACGCUGCUCUUGACCGUCGUGACAUGCUCUGUCGGAGCCGCUGUCCAGGGCUGGGACCAGACCGGAUCCAACGGCGCCAACCUCGACUUUCCGCGGGCGUAUGGCAUCGACUCGGAGAGCAUCCAAGACAAGCUCAUCGUCGGCCUGGUCAAUGCCGCGCCCUACAUCGGCACAUCGUUUGUCGGCUGCUGGCUGUCGGAUCCCUUGAACUAUCACUUUGGUCGCCGCGGCGCCAUUUUUGUAGCUGCCAACUUUUGCCUCUGGCCGGUGCUGGCGAGCGCAUUCUGCAAUACGUGGCCCAGGCUGUUGAUAUGUCGCCUGUUUAUGGGAGUUGGAAUGGGCGCAAAAGCGUCUACUGUGCCCAUCUUUGCGGCAGAAAACUCGCCGGCCCCUAUCCGAGGCGCCCUCGUCAUGAGCUGGCAGCUGUGGAAUGCAUUUGGCAUCUUCCUCGGGACGUGCGCCAACCUCGCCGUCAGAGGUAUUGGCGCCGAAGCGUGGAGAUAUCAGCUGGGAUCGGCCUUUAUCCCAGCUGUGCCACUCGUCUUCCUCAUCUACUUUUGUCCCGAGUCGCCGCGAUGGUAUAUCAAGAAGAAUAGAUACAGAGAUGCCAUGCGAUCCUUGCUCCGCCUCCGGAACAACCCUGUCCAGGCUGGCCGUGAUAUCUACUACAUACACGUCCAGCUCGAAGUCGAAGCCGAGUUUAUGGGCAAUGGCAACUACAUCCGCCGCUUCAUAGAACUCUUCACCAUCCCCAGAGUCCGCCGCGCAACCUUGGCAGCCUUUACGGUCAUGAUUGCACAGCAAAUGUGCGGCAUCAACAUCAUGGCCUUUUACUCGUCUACGGUUUUUCAAGACGCCGGAGCGAGCUCCUUUGGGGCGCUCUUGGCCUCAUGGGGGUUUGGCCUGGUCAACUUUUUGUUUGCCUUUCCCGCCGUGUGGACGAUUGAUACCUUUGGCCGGCGAUCUCUGCUCCUCUUUACCUUUCCGCAGAUGGCCUGGACGCUGCUGGCGGCAGGGCUGUGCAACCUGAUACCCGGGCAGGGUGGCCUUCAUCUGGGCUUCGUUGCCUUCUUCAUUUACCUAUUCGCUGCCUUUUAUUCGCCCGGCGAAGGCCCCGUCCCGUUUACGUACGCGGCUGAGGUCUUUCCCUUGUCUCACCGUGAGGUCGGUAUGGCAUUUGCUGUGGCGACCUGUUUGUUCUGGGCAGCCGUGCUGUCCAUUACCUUUCCCUUGAUGCUCGCCAGAUUAGGCGUCAUGGGUUCAUUUGGGCUAUAUGCGCUCUUUAACAUUCUUGCAUUAAUCAUGAUUUUCCUUUGGCUUCCAGAGACGAAGCAACGAACGCUGGAAGAGCUGGAUUACAUCUUCGCGGUGCCUACUCGGGUGUUUAUGAAGUACCAAGUGACCAAGACGCUGCCAUGGUGGUGGAAGCGAUGGAUCCUUCUUCAGAAAAACGCGACACUCGAACCCUUGUACACACUGGAUGUGGCCGAUCACGUCGACACCGACGAUGGCGAGGACAAGUUUGAGAAUGACAAGGCCAAGGUCGAGCUGAAAGAUAUUGUUGGCUUUACACCGUCGGCUGUAAACACCACGACCGCUCUCCCCUGA